GAAUGAAUGAGAAUGACUCAGUUGCGCCAAGACCGAGUGACGGAAAGCCGCGUCAAUUGUUUAUUUUAUUCUAAUGGACGAUAAAUGCUAUCGAUGUUUCAAUCACUAAAUAAACAAAAUAUUACGCACGUUCCUAAGGACGAUUGCGUAAUUUCGCAGUAAGCGAUGUAGUUAUGUGUUUAUAUCGAUUUAAGAGAUGUUCUCGAUGUGGGACAGUGCUCUCAGUCAGUGUGUCUAGGUCAGACGCUUUUGGUGCUCCGUCCGAUGUUUAUCUUAUCGUUCGUUGCAAUUAUUUACCUGCCUACAGUUGUCGUGUAUUGAUUGAAGGGGAGUCGUUGACUCGUUAUCAGUUUGUGUGAAGUGAUUGUUGUUGUUUGUGUUUGUGAAGGAUAAAAUAUCAUGUUUGGCGUUUUUAUGAAGCGGUGGAAGCCUAAAAGAAUAUCAAAUAAUGAAAGGGAUGAAAGUCCGGGGACAGAUGGCAACGUCUCCCCAGAGCCACCUGACCGACCGCCCGGGAAGGUACGGCAGGUGCACCCGGAAGACAAGACGCAAGUUCUUGCAUACGACUCCACAUAUCGCAAGAAAAAUAAACCGAAAAACCUCCCUUUAGAAGAGAAUCAUUAUAAUCACUUGGCGAAUACUAACGUGGCUAUGUCGCCAAUGUAUCCUUUGACACCAAAUAUUUGCGUGGAGGGUGGUAAGAUUGAGUUCAUAAAGUCGCCGCCAGGGAGCGCUAGGAACAGUUUGGCGCUAGCGUCGCCGCCACAAUCUCCUUUGCUAGCGAGGCGCGGGUCGCGCGAGAAACGUGAAGCGCGAAUCUAUGAUGAGCCUACUGAGAAGUUCGACGGUGAUAAGGAACUUUUGGAAAAGCGCAUCAAGCAGUUGGAAGCGCAACUUGAAGAAGAGAAGAGAAGGACGCAGAGGGAACGCAUGGCCGUCACCAAGUUACAGAACAAACUUAUUAAGCGUGAGGGUGCUGCCCGCAGCGAUGCGGAGCGCGAGAGACGCGCGCGCGGCGACUGGGAGGCGCGAGCGCGAGUCGCCGAGGCAGACGCGGCGAGGCUCGCUGCGAAGCUCCAUGCUGCCCAGCGUGAGAUUACCAGGAUGGAGGAGACAGUGCGAUCGCUGCUACAAUACAAGAGCCGCGUGGAAACUCUAAAGCAGGAGAAGGCGUCCUUAUCAUCAGCACUCGAGGCUUCUGCGGCGCACUAUCAGAGCCAGCUGUCGAGCUUGGGCAGCGAGAACGACCGGCUGCGCAGUCAGCUGUCCACGCUCUCGGCAGGGCUCGGCGCGGGCGACCACGAGCGAAGGCUCGACGAUGUGGCCCAGCAGGUCGUGCGAGCACUGCUCUCGCAGAAGAGCGUGCGCGAAGAGCUGGGAUGCGCGCGCGCCCGUAUCCGCGAGCUCGAGGCACAGAACCGCGCGCUGAGCGCCCUGCUCGUGCGCCAGCUGCGCCCCGUGCCGCGGCCCUCGCCCGCCACUCCGCACACGCCGCUCACGCCGCACACGCCAAGGGACUUACAAGUGCACCUAGUGGACGUCGGUUCGUGCGGGUCUUUAGUGUCGUUCCGCGACUCCCCUCCCCCCGCGCCGCCCGUGUCGCACCCUCACCCCCUCAGCCACGACGACAAGCGCCGCCACCAGAUACUGGCUGAUAUCUGGACUGAAUUGAAGGGUCUGGAGGUGACCCCGGCGAACCUGGCCCGCGCGCUGUCGGCAGUGGACCCCACGCUGUGGGCCCCGCCCGCCAGACCACACACGCUCAGCCUCAGCAUGCCGCAGCCCUCCACCGACCCUAUUAGAGGGGACAGUGGAGAAAAAGUGACUGAAGAAGAAAGCGGCGAGGUGGGCGAAGCUGGUGCUGAAUCUCCUGAGAGUGGUGCCAAGGAUGAGGGCUACUCCACCAUGUCCAGCGACGUGCAAGCCGACGCCUCGCGGCAGAGCGACCACGCCGCCGACCGAGCCCUGCCGGACCUCAACGAGGCCUCCGACGAAACCGACAACCAAACCAUCGUCUCCAUCAACCCUAGAGAAUCUCGAAGACACGCAAGACUCCUAGGAACAGAUGCAGAUUACAUCUAUUUCCCCAUAGGAGUUGCGUUCGCUGGCGUCAGAGGCAGCUACCCUCCCUCGCGACCAGUCCUGCCCUUCCAGCAUGUAGUGCGAAGCUUCUCGGAUUCCCAUCUGUGUUUAAAGCUCAUCGCUGGAACAACUUGCCCCACCAGCUGCCUAGACACCCCAACGCCUAGCUCUGGUGUUUUAGUUCUAGAUCUGAAACCUGCUCCUGAAAGACCUCUGAGGAGGGCUGCUAUCGCUUCCACCACAAGUUCUGAAAGGGUUUCAUGGGGAAGCACACUAGAUGAUCGCGCUGAUGGCUCGCAGUACGAUGCCGAUUAUGUCCAACAUUGGCUAGAACUCGAUGAUGCAAGAUCAGCGUUACAACAAAGACAUAGAGACCUGGCUGAUUUAGAAUACGAUAGGGCUGAACUAGAAGACUGGAGCUUAUCACUAUCAUGUGAAGAUCUCAGAGACAGGCAAUCCCCGUUUGCCGAAAUAACAACACCCGGGCAAAUAUCACUGUCAACAUUACCCAGCAUCAGAGAAGAUGACGCGUUAGAAUUAGAGGAAGAUGUUGGUGAUUGCCUUUGGAAUGAUUGUGGGUUUGCUACUAUAGAAAUAGACGAAUGUAGAAUUGCUGACGAUGCUGAUACGUCAGAGAAAAGGUGGGACUGCACAGGUACGCAUUCACCUGGAGGCUCGUGGUCUAGUGCUUCAGAUGCACCCGAUAAAAGAUCCAGCACAGCACUGAGUGAAGACGGUGACUGUGCAAACGUCGGCUUAGAUUUCACUAGAGAUUUCUACCGCCUCGUUAAAUAUGAAAGCACAAAGAGCUUAGCAUCAAAUUCGUCCAGAGGUAUCCCCGCACAAGAUACCAGCAGUCAUUUAAGGAUCCACGAUGUACAGGCAAUGGCUUUACAGGACCGAGAGGUGGCUUUACAGAAUGUCCUACACUUUAUUGCUGAACAGCAGAAAUAUUGUAGGGAUAGAGAAGAAUCAGAUUCUAUGUCGUCGCGGCCUUUAUCGGAAAUAAGGGAGUUGCCGCCUCCGUACGCGGCGGCAGAUUUUGAUGAUGAUUCAGUUGGCCCACGUAGUGAAGUGUCAGAAGACAGACAGAGGCCAGAUUCCUUUGGCAGCUUUUCUGAAAAUGAUUCUUGUGACGUCCUACAUGGUGACCGACCCAGGGUUGCCUUCUGUGAUACUGUAUCCGAGCCACGGUCUACGCCGAGAUUCAUCGAACGUGAGGACCCUUACGCGGAGUCGGAAGACUUCUUCGACGAAUUUUCAAGAGUUGAAAACGCUGAGAACGAAAUUGAUGAAAGGCAUCUCAUAAAAGUGCAGAGAAAGAACGAAAUUAAUAAAAGCAUAGAUGUGAUCGAGUCUGUCGAGGUUGAAGACCAGCCUUUUGCUCCUGUCAAGGAGGAGAGGCCGAGUGAUAUCGAAUCUAGUCGAAGUUUAGACCACAAUUCAGCGCUGAAAGAGAAUACUGUUAAUAUUAUGUUGAACAAGCAAUCGCCGCUUGAGAGGGAAGUGGAGCCGAGUCUUACUAAGUCGUCCAGCUUUCCUUACGUUUGCAACGAAGAAAUGUCUUUAGUCGAGGAGGUGUUGAGCGCUUGUCGAAGAAGCACGGGGGCUCUGGUACCUGUUCCUGAAGAGGAAGAGGGUUCGUCUCCUGAGAAUGGUUCCCCCCAAAUGACUGAAUCUAAUACAACUAGCACGUCUACGGCUGAAACUGUGAUAGUAAGUAAUAAGAGCGAUGGAGUUAAAGAUGGGAAACUGAGGGAGAGGUCUCGGAUUCCUACGCUGAUGGGCGGGAAGAGGCCACCAUCGUCGCCUAGUAGGAAUAGGUCGAAGAUCCCCGUGGUGGAUAGGAAUAGGCCUAGCACUGCACAGGCGUCGGUACCGGAACCGAUCAUUGUGAAGCAAGAACAUACGCUGAGUUUCCAUGAGGCUGCUACUUCGAAGGAUGUUAUUGAAGAACUUAAUAGAAUGAUUCGUCAAAGUGAGGGUCCUACGAGUGCUGAGGGCAAGGCGGACGAGAGGUCUGACAGGCCUCACAAGGACAGCGCGCUGUGGGCUCCUACUGGAUGGGUGCAUGUCGAGAAAGACAUCGACUUUAGUGAUCCUAAGGCCCGAGCGAACCUUCUAGACGUGAUGCUAGCGUCGAGCGACUCGUCUCCAUCAUCAUGCGGGUCCUCCCCUGCCGAGCCGCCGCCGCCCUACUCCCGGCUGCAUCGACUGCACCGGUCUAGGAGACAGAAGACAGCGGCGGCGCUGCGCGUGCGCGGGCCGGCGGGCGCGCUGGCGGCGCGGGCGCGCGGGCGGCGGCCGUCCAUCCUCGGCCGCGAGGGCUUCUUCGUGCGCUACGGCGAGCCCGAGCGCGCCGCCGUGGCCACCUUCGACUUCCUCGACGACCUCUCCGGCGGAUCCUCCCCGGAGGCCCCCAAAGACUGUACCUAAAUUAGCAAUAAAACGCGUCCCAGAUCGUUAUAUUUUUCUAUGUCGUUGUGAUAGACCGCGGCGAUGAUGUCGGCGGUGAUGACGUCGCCCGGUCACGUUAGUAGUGCAGCGUCGACGACGACCGCGCGAUCCGCCGGCUGCAGCUUUUUAGAUACUUCUGCUUCGAAAUCUAGAUCUCUUAGGUGUCGUAGUACUCACUUUGGAUUAGUAGGUCUAUGACGAGGCACCUAGUCUAUUAAAAGAAAUUCUUCCUAGAUAUUCGUUAGUAGGUGUGGGAAGACUAACGCGUUAAAGGCACGGUUGCGAUGAUAAUAUGUAUAAUUGGAAAUGUUUAGUUUAUACGCGACUGACUCGUUCAGCAAUAAUAUUGAAGUUACUGAUGUGUCUCGCGGACAUCGGAGCUAUUGAGUGAUUUGCGCUUCGCAAGAGAAGGCUUCCGGCGAGAGGAGACAGCUUCGAACCGAUAUAAUGUUAAUUUGGAUCGAUUACUUCCUGCGUUAACUUGCUUACGCUUCGUACCAACGACCGACAACUUAGGUAAGAAGACGAAAUAAUUAAUUGACUAAGUGAUUGAAAGCUGCGGCCUCGAAGUAAUGUGAUAUUUUUGUAUAUACUGUAAGUCCCACUUAUUUUCAUAUACAUUUAAAUGGAUUCCUUUCUAACUGAACGAAGCGUUAACGUUGGAACAAGGGUGGAGUUCUGUCUAGCAGAGUCUGUGCACCUGCACGUCACUCGACCGCGUGAAUCGAUCACUGCUGCCCUUUCACUUGCACAAACGUGUUCACUAACGAAUCGGAAAGGGACAGAUGAUCAAUUUGCGCGGUCGCAGCGUAAUAAUCAUAAUAAUAGGUACUUAUGUAAAUAUCGAUUACAAUUUACUUAUCGAACUAGUAACUACUUAUUGGUUAAAGAAUAGUCAUCUAUAACAAUCGAAUAACCAUUUAUAAAGAUCCAUUAAAAUCGAAGGGUACUAAAGUAUGUUAAGUGUAUGUAUAUAAUUAUUAUGACGUCAUCGAUAUGCUAUUUAUUUUGUAUCAUUUGCGUAUUGUCGAUCUUUUCUGUGUAUACUUAGGUACAUAUCAUGAAUUUGUAUUAUUUAUUAAGGCAACGAUACAUUAUAAUUAUUUUUUUGAUUAAAAUAACAAAUCCGAUGGUAUUUUAUUUCAGAAAUGUGUACACCAUUUUAUCGACUUUGCACAACCCUAUACUCUCAAUAAAAUCAGUCGCUACUAAGUACUAUGCGAUUUAACAACAAAACAGUCAUACUUUCAAAUGAAAACUAUAUUCACAGAUAUCGUCGGUUUGUUAUUUUUGUCAAGACAAUGGAGUUUCGCUAUUACACGGUGUCUGUAAAAUUAUCCUCUUUGAUGCGGUUAUGAACCUUGGCAGAAAUGUACACUUUAAUUAUAUUGUUAUUUUAAUGGCUGAACCAAAGCGAUUUUACACGAAACAUUUUUCGCCGUCACUUUAGUUACGCUGCAACACUGUUCCUUAUUUCUUUAAUUGGCAAUUAUUUCAUACCCAGCGUUUUUUUAAUGGUGAAGAGUGAAGACAAUAAAGGAAGAUUUAUACCUAUUAUUAAUUAAUGUAAACGAAGCGACGACUCGAUCGAUAUUAUCUAAAAUAUUAACUUAUUUAGUGUAAGCUACUAAUGGCUACGAUGUAAUGCCUCAUUUGAAAUUUAAAAGACGUCCCUUAGUUGUUUUGGAUACACACACUGAUGUCUUGCUAUAUCAAAUACGUGUAAAACAACUAUAUACAUGAAUAAUGGUUUAAUACUAAUUUAUAUUCAAAUUCUUCUCAAAUAUAUUAUUAAAGUAACGAAUUUAUACAAUUGUAAACAAUGUAUAUUAUGUAAACCUGAUACUUGCAGUGUUUGUAUCCAAACAAGAAGUGUAAAAUCCUUAUUAUUGUAAGUUACUACAAGUAAAAUUCUUGGAACUUAUCAGAAUAAUCUGAAUAACAUUUGUAGUUGUAUUUAAAGUUGUUUAAAAUGUCAGAAUGAUAAUUGUUUUUCAAACGACCAAUCCGUUAACCCUUUCAUACAUUAGUGUCAUUGUCAUAAUAUUAAAAAAAUGAAUAAAAAAAAUAUCGACUGUACGUCAUGGGAAAUACACAUGUCCAUAUGUUUAAUCGUAGGAUCCAAAUGGUACUGUGAUUGGUAGCUACCACUGAAUUUUGGAGCACAAUUGGAAAUUAAAAAGUUAAAAAUGUGGUAUUGGCUGGUCAUCGGCUGCAUUUGUUGGUACAUUUUAACCUAAGAUAUAGGAAUACUUGACAUAGGUAGGUACUUUGAACAGUACAAAAUGUGUAGAGUAACAGUAUAAUUUAAUUAUCUACUAUUACAGAUGGGUUCAAUAAACGAUUCCGUUCCCAAAUUA